UGGAAGGAGUCAGCGAGGCCUCUGGAGGGACCCUCACCCCUCUUCAUCUACACAACGCGCCUCUUCACAACAAGACCAUGAGCGCUCACGAGCACAACGCCACGCUGGAAUUGUUCGACCACUGCACCAUUGACCUGGAUUCUGCCAGAGACUACCGGCGCAUCGCCCUCUUCCUCAUCUACCUUUUCAUCUUCAUGGUGGGCCUGCUGGAGAACGUGCUGGUCAUCUGGGUCAACUGGCGCCGACGCCACUCUGCCAACGGGGUCCUGUUCUGCAUCCUCAACGUGAGCCUGUCGGACCUCAUGGUGAUCGUGACCCUGCCGUUCUUCAUGAUGGAGGUGACCAUGGACGAUGUCUGGCUGUGGGGUCACUUCCUCUGCAAGGUGACCUACUUCGUCUACACGGUCAACUUCUACAGCAGCUCCUUCUUCCUGGCCCUCAUGACCGCGGAGCGUUAUCUGUCCCUGACCAGACCCUCGUUUCCCGCCUUCUUCCCCGUGCUGGGCCGCCGCCGAUGGGUGCUCUGCGGAGGCCUUUGGGUGCUCUCCUUGUUCCUGGCGCUGCUGGAGAACGUCCACAUCACUCUUCUGGAGAGGAACGAGCCGGGCUGCUACUUUGUGCCUGAACACAACCACACCGAGUGGUUUGUCUCUGUGGUUUUCCUCUCCCUGGUCUUCCAGUUCUUGGGCCCCGCCGCCGUCAUCAUCACCUGCAACGUGCUGAUCGCUCGUGCGGUUCGGACGGCGCCGGAUGUUCAGGGCCGGCGGGACGUGUGGCUGGUUCACGUUUACUCCCUGGUGUUCGUCCUGUGCUGGUUGCCCUACCACUUCGUCGUGUUCCUGAUGAUCGUGGAUGACAUCGACCCCUUCAUCUUCAGCUGCAACACGGUGCACGUGCUGUACUUCUCGUUCACCGUGGUGCAAAGCCUGUCUCUUUUUCACUGCGUGGCAAACCCCAUCCUCUACAACUUCCUCAGCAAGAGCUUCCGAGACAACCUGGUCAACACGGUGCUGAGCCAGUUACCCAGAGAUAGAGCCGGGGAACAGCUGGGAGCCGGGACCAACGCUCCCAACGGAGGAGGGGGAGACUCGGGGAAGCAACGCAAGUUAAGUAACGCCAGCACCAGCCAGUCCGAUGUUGGAUCAUAAAUAAAAAGAAGCUGAGAUGAGAAAACUUCACGAGACGUUUUCUAUAAAGAUUUGACAGAACUGAAUGGAGAUCAUCAGAUCAUCUCUUUGGUCAGACUCAUUGUGAUGUUUGUUACAGCCUCACUCUCAUAAUCCAUUUCCUGUUAUGUUUUUGUUUUCUUACCAUGUAUCUGAUCACAGAGGAAGGCAGGAAAUGUUUGAAGUGCUUUUUUGUUGUUGUUUAAAGCUGCUCAACUCUCACAGAACUCAUGGCAGUCUCCAAGGUGUCCUGGCACAGAAUAACCGUGCCAAAGCAGGAAUGUGUGAAAACAAAGCUGAUCGUGCCAGAUAAUCCUCAUCAACAUCUUGUGUUUAAUUUUCAACAGAUAAAUCAUUACUUAAUUCUUAUUUAUCUGUUCCAGGAUGCUGCUGUAGUCUAAAUUUGCUGUAACAUAUAAUAAAACUUCAUAAAACACUGUUUGCAUGUAAGCUGCAAAACCUGAGCUUGCACUUUAUCACAAAGAGCAGAAACGAGCUUUCGGGACGUGAAUGUUUUUAAGCCUAAGUUUAUUUUGCUAAAGAGACAUGUUGCUGCUCUUGCACUUAGUUAUCUCCCUUCUCACAGUCUUUAUUACAUUUACUUCCAUUGCUGUCCAUCUGGAAUGUGUCACUUUCAACAGUUUAAAUGAUAAGGAGGCAGAAAAAGGAAAAGGGGGUGUUCGUCCACACAUGGCACAAUAGCAGGAAGAGUUUUUAAAAAGGGCAAAGGUCAUGUGCCCAUGGAAGCAGGAAACUGCUUACAUUUCCUCAAGUUCAUCACUGGAAAUCUGAUGAUGGGUGUUUUUUGUGUGGUUCAGGACGCUCUAAAAGGUCGUUAAAACAGAUAAAAACAUCAUCAGGGGGUGAUAACAGUCUUCCAAAAGGCAAUUAUUCAAUUAUUUUUAAGAAACUAUAUUUUUACCAUAUAAGGCCAACAUUCAAACAUAGCUUGAAAAGCAGAUAUGUAUAAAGGCAAAUAACAGUUACACUGCCAUCAUAAAUAUGAGGUAAGACACAUAUCACACAGAAAGGUGAUGGGCAUUGAAAUAUCUCUAUAACACGCUCUAAACAAGUGAACACAGCAUGUGGCUAAAAUGCACAUUCUAAAAUCAUAUAGAAGGAAACAUUAUUCAACAUAAAACAACACGUUUCAUGAUUCAAUGACAAAUAAAAAGCACUCAAGUCUUAAGUGGAUGGUCAUGCUGUACCUGUGGUUUCAAUGUGACAAAUAGUGACUGCAACUCUAGGAAAAUAAUUGAUAUGCUACAAUGAGGUGCUACUUUAAUAACAGUGUAAUUAUCAACCACUGACAUAAAAAGCUAUCCUCAUAUUCAAGUUAUAAAGUUACAGACUCAAUCGGAGUAGAUACAUAUGAUACACUGCCAUCAAGUGGUUGCUUUUUAUCUUAGUUCAAAGAGACACCUCAGACUCAAUGAACAGCAUCUGACAGAUUAUAUAUGUCCACUACGCUCUUAAAGUAUAAACAUGUACCUUCCCGGAUAUUCCGGAAUAAGACCCAAAUAUAUAUAUAUAUAUAUAUUUAUUAUUAUUUUAUAUAUAUAUAUAGUCUAUAUGAAACAUUUUUAUUUAUUUGUAUUCUUACCUGAAGAGAAUGAGGUUAUGUGUUUGUUUGUAUUUUGUUGUGUGACCAAGCCGACUGUUUGUCUUGUUGUUGUAAUGUAUCAUAUGUUAUGUGAUCUGCACAACUGUAAUGUGAUACUGUCAAUCACAAC